UUGCAUCAAGCGGAAGAGGUUUAGUACCAGAUAAAGGCAUGAAUAAAGGGUAGUGAAUGCGGGCUUCUUUGAUCAUGUGUAUAUCUAUCGGUGACAGACAGUCUUUCAUAGGCAUUUUGCUUUAAACAAUAGUACCUACAACCGCUUGUGCCAACCAAGAAGAAUGUAUUGGCUCUACAUUCGCGCGUAAUAAUUUGGUAGUAACGCGCCAGAUUCUGGGUGCUACACGUGUUCGUGAAGGAUUUCACAUCCCUGUAGUCUACGUUUGACUGUAGUUUAAGGAAUUUACUCUAAAUUACCUCGCUUUCCGCGACGUCUUUGUGAACAAGACAUGGAGAAGCAGCCCUUGCCUAAGGAUGAUGACCAGACUGAGAGUGGACCCUAUGGGGGUGAAGACAGGCAGCAGGACUCUGGGCCAGUGGCACGAGCAGGCUGGAACAGUAAAAUCGAGUACUUUUUGGCCCAAGUGGGCUUCAGUGUGGGUCUCGGGAACGUUUGGCGGUUUCCAUAUUUGUGCCACCAGAACGGAGGAGGAGCCUUCCUCCUCCUGUACAUUCUGCUAAUGCUGGUGGUGGGUAUCCCCCUGUUUUUCCUGGAGCUGGCCGCAGGACAGGCCAUUAGACAGGGGAGCAUCGGUGUGUGGAAGUACAUCUCCCCAAGGCUGUCUGGGAUCGGCUACUCCAGCUGUGUGGUGUGUUUCUUUGUUGCUCUUUACUACAAUGUGAUUCUUGCCUGGAGCCUCUUCUACCUGGGGAACUCAUUCCAGUACCCUUUACCCUGGGAACAGUGUCCAAGUGAGGGCAAUACUACUGAGUGUGAAAAGAGCUCUAACACAUCAUACUUCUGGUACCGGAAAGCUCUGGACAUCACUGACUCGAUUGAUGAGACAGGCUCAUUCAACCCUUACAUUGUGGGCUGUCUGCUGGGAGCCUGGGCCAUCGUGUGCCUUGGAAUGUUUAGAGGAAUCAAAAGCUCUGUCAAGGUUAUGUACUUCUCUUCUAUAUUUCCAUAUGUGGUGCUCUUUUGUUUUCUUGUGCGUGGACUCAUGUUGGACGGUGCCAUGGAGGGCAUUGCCCACAUGUUCUACCCAAAGAUUGAAAUUUGGGGCAACAUACAGGUCUGGAGACAAGCUGCCACCCAGGUGUUUUUUGCCCUUGGUCUGGGCUUUGGGUCUAUUAUCGCGUAUUCAUCCUAUAAUCCUAAAAAUAAUAACUGCCACAGAGAUGCUUUCACUGUCUCCUUCAUCAACUUCCUGACAUCAGUCCUGGCCACUCUGGUUGUAUUUGCAGUGCUAGGCUUUCGUGCCAAAGACAAGGUUAAAGAAUGUAUCUCUAGUAAUAUGAAGAAGUUGUCUGAGGGAUUUCACAGUGGGAUGAUGGACAUAAGCAUGAUGCCAAAGUUCAACAUGUCAGACUUGAGUUCUGUGGCUCCUGAAGAUUACACUUCCUGGUUUUUACAAUAUGGCAAGAACAUCUCAGGGAGUAUAACUGAGUGCAACUUGGAGAACGAGAUGCAAAAGGGCGCGGAAGGCACUGGUUUGGCAUUUAUAGCAUUCACUGAAGCUAUUACGCUGCUCCCUGGCAGUCCUUUCUGGUCCGCCCUGUUCUUCCUCAUGCUUCUCAACCUGGGACUCAGCACAAUGUUUGGUACUAUGGAAGGCAUUCUGGCCCCACUAAGUGACCGUUUUCAGACACUGGCCAAUAACAAGACAAAACUCACUGUGUUCAGCUGUGUCAUUGGCUUUCUGAUUGGCCUGCUCUUCACUCAGCGCUGUGGAAACUACUUCGUCACCAUGUUUGACGACUACUCUGCCACUCUGCCCCUCAUCAUUGUGGUGGUGUUCGAGACCUUCAGUGUGUCUUGGCUCUAUGGAGCUGAUAGGUUUCUCGAUGAUUGUGAGGGGAUGCUUGGAUGGCGGCCACAUGUUAUUUACAAAUACUUGUGGAAAUACAUUUGUCUGCUUUCAAUGUUGGGUCUCCUGCUGGCCACAACAAUCCGCAUGUUUAUUAAAAGACCAACAUACAUGGCAUGGAAUCGUGAAAAAGCCUCUGAGGUCUACCUAGACUAUCCUGAUUGGGCACUGGCUGUUCUAGCUUUGUUGAUCAUAUUUGCCAUGAUGCCUGUCCCUCUAUGUUUCAUCUACUCAGUGCUGCGGGACAGAAUGAGGCGAUCGUCCAGAGAUGUAGAAAAUACAGCGUACAGCAUGGUCAGUACAGAUGACAAGUGUGAGACUCCCCUCACAGACAUGUCAGAACUGGAGCAAAGGAAUGGAUCUGCGGCCAUGUACUAGUAAACCGUUACAAAUUCUUUGUUAUGCUCUACAGGAUUGUUGUUUUAGAUGAGAUUUUGAUUCAGCCAUGACACAGUUACUGCAGUUUGCUGUAACAGUGUGUUAACUGUAUUACUUCACUGUUGCCAUCAACAACUUGAAAUGUGCCUUUACAUUUCAGAAGGAAAUUGCAUUAAUAUUGUCCACAAUCACACCCCAAAAUAUUCUCCUCACAACAAACUCAGAUGCUCUUGGGUAUCUCUGGUGUAGAUAUAUCAUCUAAAAGUCCUGCUGUUAUUAACAGGAAAAUGUGGGAGUUUGUACAGUGAACACCUGAGACUGAGACCUCUUGCUUCACACACUGACACUGUUGUUUGUGUAUUGAUAAGAGCGAGAACUGGAACAUGAUCACCAGAGCACACACCCAGUGUUUAGCCAUGAAGAUGCUAAAGAUUAUAGCAGAUAAAGUAUUAAUGUAAAUCACACUGAAACACGUUUACAGCUUUAAUAUUCCUCCCGAGUCAUAAAGGUCUCAUGUCUUCCUUUUCAAACACACUUUGUGAUGUGCUGCUAGUAUGAGCACAAAUGAUGCAUAUGAGCUAAACUGCUCUGGUACAUAUCAUAUGGACACUGGUGAGAAUAGUGUCUGUUACGACCCAGCUCGUUUGGGGUGAGGGAAGUAACAAAAAUAAAACCAAGAUGUAAAAUGGAAUAAAUUAAGUAAUGUUUAAUUAACAGGAAUGUAAAGGUAAAUUAACAAAACACUAAAAAUAUACAGAAAACAACCUAAACUAAGAAACAGAACAACAGAAUAAACAGAGCUUUGUGCCAGAAAAGGGGACAUGCAGGCUUACACAAAAACGAGUGGUAAAACUUAGGGACACACAUUAAACUAAAACACAAGUUCCCCAAAUUAAACCACAUAAACCCACAAACAGAAUCGAGUGACCAAAUCAAAAAAGGCACACAACUAAAACUACACACACACACACAAACACACACACAAAACAAUAUGGCAUACUAGCCACCAAGGCCAGCAGCCCCGAACAGGUGCUGGCAAUCUCUUUAAAUAGGGGGCGGUGGCUGCAGGUGAGGUGGGCGUCGACUUGCCCCACCAAUCACAGACCAGGAAUUAGGAGAACUUUGCAAAAAUCACACAGCAAAUUAAACCUAAGGCCUGGGGCCGUAACAGUGUCUAAUCAGUAAUUCCCAAUCAUAGGGCUGGGACAUAAAGUAGGGCUGUGACCCCCUCCUUGAGGGCCCUACAAUCAGUAGAAUAUAAUGAGACUGGGCCCUGGGUUACUUUGUAUAGAAAAAGUUGGGCAUCAAGAUCAACAAGAAACUUUGGUCUAAUUUAAUGAAUUUGUAAAUAACAUAGCCCAGAACAAAUUCAUUGAAUAACUCUAAAGUCAUAUGCAUGUUGUAAUUGACCAAAAUUAUGUCAACAUUUGAUGGUGAUACCUUUUUUCCCUUUAUGGUUGGAUUGUCUUUUUGUUGGUGUACUGUAAUAUCACUGCUGUGGUUUUCUUGUAGAUUUAAAUGCUGUUGGAUUAUUAAGUCUCAAGUGCCUUCUGCUUUUUAUUGAUGAUGAAUUUUUGAUGUCACCACAUUCCAACACACAGUAUGUAUAGGUUUUAUGACUGUCCCAUUACCUUGAGUAUAGUUGUCUUGUAGAUUUGUUUGUAAAAGAUGAAAAGAAAAUGUAAUAUAAUACCUUGUAAUAUAUUUAUGGAUUUUUUUAAUAAAUACAUUUUGAGCAUUUGAA